AUGUUUGCAAUUGGAUUAGAGUUUUUAACUAUGGUUAGAGAUAGAGUUAAUAGUGAAGGAUCAGGUGGUUCUGAUAAAGAUAUAAGUUCAAGACGUUCUGCUUCAAGAUCACCAAGACGUUCUAUGAGUCAUUCACCAGAUGCCAGAUCCAAUAGUGGUUCUCCAAAAAGAAAUGGCCAUAGUCCGGAUAAAAACAGAUCAGAAAGUCGUUCUCCUAGAAGACGUACCAGGUCAAAAAGUAGAAGUCGCUCUGCUUCAAGAUCACCUCCUAGAAAAUCAGGUCGCGGAUACAAGGAACGUGAACCUGCUGAACCUUCCCGUUGCAUCGGUGUUUUCGGAAUGUCAACCCGUACUAAGGAUGAAGAUUUGGAAAGUGUUUUCAGUAAAUUUGGUGCUAUUGAGAAGGUUACUGUAGUUAAGGAUAGUCCAACAGGUUGUUCUAGAGGAUAUGGUUUUAUUUAUUUUAAAGAUAUUGAAGAUGCCAUCAAGGCGAAAAAUGAAAUGAAUGGUCAGGAAAUUGAUGGAAGAAAUGUUCGAGUUGAUUAUUCAGUAACAAAAGGUCCUCAUGAUCCAACUCCAGGAGUGUACAAAGGAAAUAAGCCAAGCAGAAGGGAUUAUAGAGAUAGACGUUAUUCACCAAGACGAUAUGGCGGUGGUCGUCGUUCUAGAUCUCCCAGAUAUAGUGAUCGUCGUGAUCGUUAUGAUAGAGAUUAUAGAAGAGACGACUAUGAUAGAUAUGAUCGUAGAGAAGACCGUAGGGGACGUUACGAUGAUGAUAGACGUCACAGACGUUCCCCACGUUAUGAUCGUGAUCGUCGUGGAUCACCUUACCGUCGUUGA